AUGGAAAAAAUAACAAAAUCUCCUUUAAGUUUUUUAUAAAGUUUUGGGGAUAUUUAACCAUUAAUAGAAGAAGAAGAUAUGAUUCCAACUAAAUUAAAGAAUAGUAGAUUUAAUCAUAAGUGUCCUUUUGGAUGUAUUCCUUCUUUUGAAAAAAAACUAUAAAAUACCAAAAAACAAUGUGACUAUGUAAUUCUAACAGAUUAGCUUCAUGAAUGGAAUAAUUUUCUACUUUAAAAGUUUCAAAAAAGCUAGUAGAGUUGA